CUCUCUUUCUCUUUUAGUUCCCGCCGCACUCACUCCCCCGCUCCUCUUUGUUUUUGAGUGAGUGAGUGAGUUGCAGCAGCAGGCGCUGGCCCCGGCCUUGCCUGUUCGGCACUCAUGCUUUCGCACGGGACGUGAUGAGGCUCGGCCGCACGCAGGGCUAAGCUCUCCUCAUCCCACUCUUGUUGUCAAUUAUUUUUUGAAUCAAUCGAGUUCACAGUCGCAUCAAGUGCGGCAGUGACAGCAGGUGGUGAUAACACACACAGGAACAGAAAAAAAAAAAAAAAAAAAAAAAAAAAACAUCGGGCGUCUUUCAGGCCUCUCCCUUCGUUGGUCAAGAAUACUUUGGCAGGGAGCAUAAUUUGACCGAAGAAAAACCUUGAAACCUAGAACUCAAACCUUUGCUCUGCGGGAGAGGCGAACCCAAUUUCUUAGCCUUCCUGAACCUUUCAAAGAUCUUCGGUAGAUUUUUACUCAGGUUAUUAUUGUCCCGCUCGAUCCGGAAACGGAUCUUUGUGUGAUUAGCAAUCAUGGCUCAGACACAGGUUCAAGUUCAGCAGGCAGCCGUCGGGGGCCCUGCACCUAAUCAGUUCGUCUCCACUUCUGUCUACGUUGGUGAUUUGGAGCACAAUGUAUCUGAAGCUCAGUUAUACGAGAUAUUUAGUCAAACUGGGCCAGUCGUGUCGAUCCGAGUCUGCCGUGAUCUCAUCACCAGGCGCUCUUUGGGGUAUGCAUACGUCAACUACCACAGUGCUCAAGAUGCCACUCGUGCCUUGGAGUUGCUCAACUUUACUCCUGUGAACGGGAAACCGAUUCGUAUCAUGUUCUCACAUAGGGAUCCUAGCCUUCGUAAGAGUGGCGCAGCAAAUAUUUUCAUUAAGAAUUUAGACAAGGCUAUUGACAACAAAGCUCUUCAUGAUACGUUCUCUGCGUUUGGUGGAAUCCUAUCGUGCAAGGUGGCAACUGACAGUUCUGGUCAGUCCAAGGGUUAUGGGUUUGUCCAGUUUGAGAAAGAAGAAUCAGCUCAGAGUGCUAUCGAGAAAGUUAACGGAAUGCUUUUAAAUGAUAAACAAGUCUUUGUUGGGCCUUUCGUUCGCCGUCAAGAAAGGGAUCUAUCAGGUGGAGUUUCCAAGUUCAACAAUGUUUAUGUGAAGAAUCUUGGAGAGAACACAACCGAUGAUGAGCUUAAGAAGGUAUUUGGUGCUUACGGGCCCAUAAGCAGUGCUGUGGUCAUGAGGGAUAACGAAGGCAAGUCGAAGUGCUUCGGUUUUGUUAAUUUCGAGCUUGCUGACGAUGCUGCCAAGGCUGUUGAGGCCUUGAAUGGCAAAAAGCAGGAUGAAAAAGAGUGGUAUGUCGGAAGAGCACAGAAAAAAUCAGAGCGGGAAGCUGAGCUUAGGGCGAAGUUUGAGCAGGAACGUAAGUCGAGGAUUGAGAAGUACCAAGGAGUAAAUCUUUACCUCAAGAAUUUAGAUGAUGCCGUCGAUGAUGAGAAGUUGAGGGAGCUGUUCGCUGAGUACGGAACUAUCACGUCUUGCAAGGUGAUGAAAGAUCCCCAGGGUCAGAGCAGAGGCUCUGGAUUCGUUGCAUUUUCUACACCAGAGGAGGCAACUCGCGCGGUUACUGAAAUGAAUACCAAGAUGGUGGGGAGCAAGCCUCUCUAUGUAGCCUUGGCACAGCGCAAGGAGGAGAGGAGGGUACGAUUGCAAGCAGCCUUUGCACAGAUGCGAACUCCUGUUGGCCCUACCGUUCCAACAAGUCUUCCAAUGUACCAUCCUGGUCCGGGCCUGGGUCCUCAGAUGCCUUAUUAUGGACAACAUCCUUCUGGACCCAUUCCUCUUCAGCCUGCCGCAUUCGGCUAUCCGCCACAAAUUAUGAGGCCUGGUGGGGCUCAGAUCCCGAACUACAUUGGUUAUCCAAAUGUUUCAUUAAGCCAGGGACAGCAAGGACAGCGGGCUGGUGGUAGGCGUGGUGGGGCACCACAGCAGCAACAGCAGCAGUCACAACAGCAAAUGAUCCAACGAGGUGGUAACCGCAACUUCCGCUACACUCCUAAUGUGAGGAACGCUUCUGAUGGCACAGCUCCUCCUCCUCAGGGUAUGAUGGGUGUUAUGUUGCCUGUUCCCUUGGAAAUUGGGGGUAUGCCAGCAGCAAAUGUCGAUUCUGGUGUUCCUCAGCAGCCCCUGCCCAUCAGCGCGCUUGCUUCGGCCUUGGCGUCUGCUCCACCUGAUCAACAGCGCGCUAUGCUCGGUGAGCAACUUUAUCCUCUGGUAGACCAAUUGGAGCAUGAAUUUGCUGGCAAAGUGACGGGUAUGCUUCUGGAGAUGGAUCAAACCGAAGUUUUGCACUUAAUUGAGUCGCCCGAAGCCUUGAAGGCCAAGGUUAAUGAAGCUAUGGAAGUCCUUCGUAUGGCUCAAGCUGUUCCAUCUGCUCCAACUGAAGAGCUGGGGAAUCUUUCCAUUAGCAACUCGGCAUGAACUCUCUAAACAUCAAUGUCGUGUGCACUGGAGUUCCAUUAGUGUGAAGAGGUUUUGUGUAUACUGCACUUUAACCAGCAGUUGAAACGGUGAUGAACUCUGGCACAACAGCAAAAGGUAGUUAAAAGUUUAUGCUAGUUUACCGAUUUGUGCUUUACCUCAAACAUCUGACUAGUGAACCAGUUACGGGGAGAAGGCCGCGGUUUCUAGUUCGGAUUUUCUUUCUUUGAGCGUAGAAGUCAGAUGCUUGGCGUAGAAGUCAGGCGCUUUAGUCGUUUAGUCUACUGCCACACUGUAAUGGCAUGAUUCUUAGGUUGCUGCUCGCUUACAGAAGUAGCCUGAUUUUUUGCUAGUGUCAUUCUGAAAGUUGAGUUGCAAUUACUAGAGUAUGUCCUUGCUGUUGUUUGUUCUGAGCUCUUUAUAAAAGUCUUAAAAAACCUUGCAUGUGAAUGAUCA